AUGGGCUCAGUGGGCGCCAGAGCAGCGCACGAUGUGGGCGGUGUUCUCGCACGUGUGUGUGUGUGUGCUUUUCUCAGUGACCAAGUCUCCUAUGUUAUAAAGGCAUUUAUCGAUAAUAUUACGAUAUUAAAUAGCUAUGACUAUUAACACUCAUCACGUCCUGACCCCCAUAGGUUUGGCGUUAACAUGAAACUCGCCCUUCGGGGCAAAAAUUAAAACGAAUGACAUAGUCGUAUAUACGUGGCCAGGAAUAAAUGAGUUUUCUGCAGUCCGACACAUCUAAGUCGUUACAGUGACAGGGGGUGACAACCCGAGGUGUCACCCUAGAUGUAACGCCCAGUGGCGUGAGACAAGAGACAGGGCCCAACAGCACGCUAACACCAGCAUAAUGGUGCCUCACGGAGACUAAGUAAGCGCCAGGGUACCUCUACAGCCGUGUUUCGGGUCGCGUGACCUUUGACCUGAGCGGCGUGAUGCGGGUGAAGGAGGGCAAGACUGGCGGCGAGGGUGGUCAGGGCGGCGUGGCCGCCUCCGGCAGAAUGUCAACACUAGACUAUCUGGUGACCAAGAUGCGUCGACACGUCCGUGCUGCUUCAGCAGACUCUCUCACUUCCCCCACCACACCCACCAUCGUGGAGGACGAGGUGGAGAUGCGGGUGUCUGAGGACGAAGGGGUGGUGGAGGCUGAGGACGCCAACAUCCCCGCCCCCCACCUCAGACCGCCCAUGUUCAACCCGGAGGACUACGCCCACGCUCUUGCCAAGUACGCCCACAUGGCUCACCUCUACAUACCUGAGCUGCCCAAGGAGAAGAAGGGCCGAGGGCGUGACAAGGAGAAGAGUGCGGCACGCGAGGCGCCACCGGAGAUGUCAAUGAAGCAGUUCAGUUCCCUGCCGGAGUUGCUAAAGCGUCUGCGAGAAGACCUCAAGCUGUCCUACCUCAGCUUUGUGAAGGAGCUGGUGCGGGAUCCACACGAUGGAGUUACGCUGCUACUUGAUGUCCUCAAGAUGAUCCAGCUGGCCCAGACUGACCUUAAUGGAACAGCCAACAGCCGGGAGCAGCAGUUGGCACUUCGACGAGCACUCAUCGACGAACACGAGUGCCUCUCCUGCCUGAGGUAUUGUAUGCGCUCCACUGAUGCCACCCUCAGGUUAGCCCACUACCACCACGGCCUCUAUGCUCUUGCCGUUGCCACUAUGAGCAACCUCGCCAGGAGUCGGACUCUAGCUCUCCAGCUUCUAACCAGAGCAUGUGUGACUUCGCCAGUAGGCCACCGUCAAGUAGUGGAUGCCAUGGCCACUCUCCGCCUACGCUUUGCCGAACCCGUCAAGUGCAAGUUCCUCAUCUCAAUGAUGCUCUCUCAUCCUCAUCCAAGCUUCCAGGUGUGGGGUUUGCGGUUCAUAAAUGCACUGGUGGCAUCAACAGGAAGCCUGAGAGAGAGAAUUUACCUGCAGGAAGAACUGACGGAGGCUGGCUUUGAUCCUGCUGCCCUCAGGAAGAUCAUUGAGCGAAGUGGCUCGGACCACAUCCAGCAGCAGUCCAUGAUGGAGUUGAACCGGUGGAGUGCUGCUUACAUUGAUGUGGGUAGCUUCGAGAGCGAGAUUCAUGGUCUGCGAACCUCAAACGCCACCCUGCAGGAGGAGCUGAAGAAGCUAAGGGAAGCCAACAUGAAACUCCUUGAAGAAAACGUCCUCCUGAAGACUGUUGGUGGGGAUGUAGAAGAACGUUAUGCAGCCCUCAGGCGACGACUGGAACAGAGUGGUCUUCCAGUAGCACCCUCUCCUAUUCCAUCCAUUAGUGACUCUGAUCUUUCUUCCCUCAACACCUUCAGGAAUAGCACUAUGUGCCGUAGCUCCAUCUCCCCCUCCAGGAAUGGAGAUGCAAGGAGCUCCAUCACUGAGACUGACUCUGUUAUAUUUACUCAAGGUGGUCAGAGGUCUUUCACACCUGUCUGGAACACCAAUUGUCAGAACUCUGCUGAAUCUACUAGUAGCAAGACAUCAAUCUCUUCUAUAGAAACUGUUACUCCAUGUCAUGUAUCUGCUUCCACUACCAGUGUUAUUCCACCCAGCAGUAGGAGCAGACAUCAGUCUUCCUCAUCAACACCCGAGCCAAAGAUGACCUCUCCACUGAGGAGUGCCACAGCAUCUCCAAACAGGAACUGUGAGAGAGAUGAUGAUCAAACGGGGGACAACACACCAACCAGGUCCUCACCGACACAAGAACCCGAGAGAAAGAGAGUUAUUUCAGGAGAAAGAUUCAAUGAACAUAUGCCAACCACACACAUUAAUAUGACUUACUGCAGUGAGAACAAGUUGCCCUCGCCUGAUGUGGAGCUGCAUUGUGAGAGCAGUUGUUCAUCUCCUGAUGGAAAACAGAUGCCUCAGGAGCUCAAAAAUCUAUGCAGAUCAAACAGUCGACACCGGCAACAAAUUUCUGAAGAGCCUCCAGUGAUAAACUGCUCCUUAAAUAAUGUUCCUGACAGGGAGAGGCAGCAAUUGACUAGUCCAACACAGAGUGACAGUAGACCACAUAGUAAAUCUUCCUCACACAUAUCCUCACCAAGGUCAGUGUCGCCAUCUAAUGCCAAAAGGAAGGCUCCAAAGCCUCCUUCUGGCACUACCAGCCCAUUAUCUUCCUCAACUUCUUCCCUGUCAUCCUCAUCCUCCACCUCCUCCAAUGUAGGAGGGGAGCGGAAGGAUCCGGAGUACAUGAAUGUGCCACGGCGGGAGUCGCCGCAGAAUAAGAGUCGAAGUGAAUCGCCUGCCAGCAAGACUAGAAGUGGGAGCGAGGAAGGGGAUCUCGACUAUGAGCGUGACAUGGUAGUGUAUGAGGCCAUCACUCUUGCUAAUGAUAGGAUCUUCAUUGAUAGAAACAAUACCCAAGGCUCCCGUGGCUCCGAAGAGAGUCUGAGUUUGACGGAGACACAGGGCAGUCUGGAGUCUAGGGACAGUCAAGGAGGCUACCCAGAUGGCCAUAGUGUGCGACAGUCUGUGCAUCACUACGAGAAUCUGGUAAUGAUGUCUGACCACUUUGAAGUGGUACCUGAAGCAGCAAAGAAAGAAAAUGAGAGAAAUGGAUCAAAAAGAGAUGAAAAUGAGAUGCAAGAGGAAGAAGAAAUAAAUAAAAAUAAUCAAGAAAACAAGGCAGAAAAACUAGAUGAUGUUAGUGAGAGAGAAGUAGAAGCAGUCAUGUCAGGUCUUGAGAAUGUAUUAAGGAGUGCAGAGUCUUCACUGAGCUUAGUGUCACAAGAAACUGUAAAAGAAAAUCCACUUCUGAAAGAAAACUUUGAAGACCGUGCAAGCCCAGAAAAUGUGACCAAUCAAGAAUUAAAAAUCAUACCUACUAGAAUUCCACAACUGCCUGCUAGAUCUCGAUCCCGUAAUUCCCAGACAGGAAGCAAUCAGCGGGAUCCAGUCUUAUUCCUAGAGUUCGAAUCCCCUGCAGAGACCAGUGACACUGAAACGCUUCUUCACAGCAGCCAACCACUGCCUAGUCCACGCACCAUAGAGACAGAAUCCACGAAAUCAUUUGGUUUUGUGCGUCCAGAGAGGUCAUUAAGGCGUCACGAGACCUUCAUUGACCGCAGCAACACUGAACGGGAGUCUCGAGAUGAACGUCGCCGGGGUAUUAAACGCAGUGAGAGUUUCCAAGCCAGCAAUAAGACUGAUUACAACAGUCAUCGAUCCUAUUCCCCAAGACGGCGAGGUUCCACCGACCUUUUGGUGCCUCUUGAGGAGAAAGAGGUUCACAUCAGUGGUCGGAUGUUCACCAAGUAUACCCCUCAUGAAGUCGAGCGGCGCAACCGUGUCAACGAGCUUAUUACUGCUGAAAUGAAUCUUCGCAAAAACCGUAGCGUGGAAGACCGCCUAGAUCAGUGGUUGGAGACUCAGGGACCUGAUGGCGAGUGGACACUGAAGUGGAAGUACCCAGAUAUUCGCCAUGAAGACGAGAAACCUAACCGCCAAAAAAGUAGCCGUAGGCACGAAAGUCAAUCACCAACUCGUUAUGAUGACAACAGAAGAUCUUCAAAAUCAAAGAAUGUAGAAAACAGAUCAUCUUCCAAGCACCAAGAAAAAACACAGUCUUCAAAGUACCCCAUUAAUAUUUCUGGUACUCCAAUCAAACCAUCUCGUGCUGGCAAGCAAACUAAGUUUUCCAACUCUGAGAUUAGUGCCUUCAGCGGCUUUAAAAACCCCAAUGGAUUUCGGGAGAGUGACUAUGGGCCAAAUUUUAUGCUCAACAAACCAAACACACGCUUGCCAGACUUUGCAGAUUUAGUCGAUUAUGGUGGCCGUGACUACCCUCUUCCCCGCGGGCGGAGCUCAAGAGAGAAGGGCAUAGGAGGAAGGCGGAAGGGAGAAAUAGAUCCAGAUAUUCCAACGCCAGACUACACGGCCACACCUGCUGGCACCAUGUCCACUGUAAUCAACGGGUCACCUGCAAAACACAUAUUAGACAUGCCAUCGGGACUUUAUUGAGAAUUUAAAAUUGUUCCACUUCUCCAGGUGAUAGAUAUUGUGUACUGUGUAUAUAUUAAACAUUUGUAGACAGCUUGUGUACAAAAUUUAAUUAAUUCAAAAAUUGACAAAUUACCAGAUGGAAAGUAAGGGAAAAUAUUAGGGAUAUUUUAAAAUAUCCUUUGUUAAUAAAACUAAGUAAAUAUACUGUAUAUGUAUACUGUAGUCAAUACAUUGUUCCACAUAAAAUUAUACACGAGGUUUCCUCAGUCACAAACAACUGAAACGUGUGCAAUAUUCAUGAAACUUAUGUAAAUAUGUGUACUGUAUAUAGUGUUCAAUAUUACCCUCUAUGUAAACUAAAGUGUCAUCACAUUGUAGAAUGGAAGAUGUUUAUAUAAUGUUGCUGUGAUCUGAUACAAGUUUGCUUUUGUUUAUAGAUUUUCCUGCUACUGUAUUCUUGGGUUACCAGUUUUCUUAUACCCUUGGUCCACUGUUAUCCAGUCAUGAAUACUAAAGACUUGGACAUUUGUGGUCAAUUUUAAUUUCUACUUCCCAAGUCAUAAAUAUUAAAAGAUUGAAGUG